AUGGCCGCUCAAUUCUUUCUCAGUCUCCUCGCAAUCUUUGGUUUGUGCGCUGUUGCGCUGGGUUUCCAGGGCAAAGCUACCUUCUAUACCCCGUCGACGAAGGCGAAGGGCGCCUGUGGAAAAUUCAACACUGCAAAAGACAUGGUAGUGGCUAUCAGCCAGGCGCAGUACGGAAAGCACUCCAAUCCCAACAACGCGCCCGUCUGCAGCAAAUGUGCCCUGGUCAAAGCGGCGGGUAAGCAGGUCAAGGUCAGGGUGGUCGAUGUGUGCUGGGGAUGUGCCAGUGGCUCCAUCGAUCUGUCCCCGGUCGCCUUCGAGAAACUGGCUUCCAAGGAUUUGGGUCACAUCCAAGUCACGUGGAAUUAUGUUAAGUGCUGA